AUGGACACAGCAACAGUCUACUUAAAUUUAAAGGCCCCCAGGACUCGGGGGUCUCAGUGUGCAUCACCUCCAUCUCUUCCCCCAGAUGCCUGCCAGUGCUCAUGUUCACACAGGCUGGCUCUGAAACUCAGCUGUGCUGGGCUGAUCCUUCUUCUCUUGACCCUGAUUGGGAUGAGCAUCUUAGUUCGAGUCCUAAUACAAAAACCAUCAAUAGACAAACACUGUGUGUAUAUUCAAGAAAACAUAGGUAACACAACAGAGAGUCCAGCUAAGUCAAUGUGCCCAAAAGACUGGAUUCCACACAGACAUAAAUGCAUACAUUUUUCUCAAGUUCCCAACACUUGGAAGGAAGGUCUGGAUGAUUGUAAUCAGAAAGGAGCCACUUUGCUGCUUGUUCAAGACCAAGAAGAGCUGAGAUUCCUACAGGACUGGAUAAAGGAAGGAGGCCUUUCAUUUUGGAUUGGACUAAGUUUUGAAUUGCCGGACAAGACCUGGAAGUGGAUAAACGGCUUUAUUUUAAACUCUGAUGUAUUAAAGGUCAUUGGUGAAGCUAAAGCAGACAGCUGUGUCAGCAUCUCAAAGGACAAAGUAUUUUCUGAGGGCUGUGGUUCAGACAACCGCUGGAUCUGCCAAAAGGAACCAAAACAUAAUACCGUUUGCAAUGACUCCUGAUUGUGAAUCGCAUCUCCAUUACUUAACCAUGCAGAGCAGAUCUCUG